AUGGACAACGCCGCUGCGCGCUUCAGCCAGUCCUGCCCCGAGUGCGGGGGACAAGAUUUUGUCGAGGACUACGCCCACGGGGACCUCGUGUGCACGAGCUGCGCCCUGGUGCUGGAGUCACAUCUCAUCGACGAGCGAUCGGAAUGGCGAACGUUCACUGAUUCGGACAAAACUGGUGCAGAUCCAAACAGAGUGGGGAGUCCCACAAACAAAUUGUUGGGAGGCGGUGGCUUGUCUACCGUCAUUGGCAAGACACAGGGUGAUGGUGGCGCCUCAUACGCUCUGGGAAGGCUGAACGCCCGGACCAACUACCAAGACCGAGUGCUCAUCAACGCAUUCAGUGAAAUAAGUUCCAUGUGUCGCAAACUCAGCCUGGUGGAGAAAAUCAAAGACCGGGCUUGCGAGCUGUACAAAGAGUACAAAGACCUCAAGUCGAUAAGGGGCAGGAAGGCCAUCGCGUUUUAUGCGGCGUGCAUCUACAUCGCAUGCCGCCUGGAAACCCUACCAAGGACCUUCAAAGAGAUCAAUGCUGCAGCACCAGAUGCCUCGAGACGGGACAUUGCCCGAUGUUUUCGGGCUGUCAUUACCGAGAUGCAGGGAGUUGGUGUGGCCAUGGAGGUUGGCACAAUCCAUGCCUCAAACUAUAUGCGUCGUUUUGGCUCCAAUCUCAACUUCUCGAAUGACGACAUGCGGGCCUGCGAGCAGGUUGCGAAUGCUGCUUGCCCAAAGGAUGGCAGGGUGAACGGCGAUGAGAAGAAAUGGGAUGGCAGGAGCCCCAUUUCGAUUGCUGCGGCGAUCAUUUAUCUCAUCUCCUUGACACAAACUUAUCGAUCAUCAGGAAAGGUCGUGGACCUCAAGUCAAUUGUGGAGGUGACUGGCGUCAGCGAGGGCACCAUAACCUACACUCUGAAGGAACUGCAGGAAGAGGCGGCCUCCCUCAUUCCAGAUUGGUACAAAGGCAUGAGGGCCGGCAGCAAGAAGAGGGCCAGGGAAGGCGCAUCUUUGGUGGAGGCUCCCAGCCCGUCCGGCCAGAAUGGCAGCAGACCAGCUAAAAAGCCGGUUGUGGCCUGA